AAUUGCGGCAAAGGUGAUGCCGAGGAGCAGAUGUUGCUUUGCGACGGUUGCGACGAUUCGUAUCACACCUUCUGUCUGAUGCCGCCAUUGGCCGAGAUUCCCAAGGGCGAUUGGCGAUGCCCCAAGUGCGUGGCCGCCGAAGUGAGCAAGCCCAUGGAGGCCUUCGGAUUCGAACAGGCCCAGAAGGAGUACACCUUGCAAUCCUUUGGUGAAAUGGCCGACCAAUUCAAAUCGGAUUACUUCAACAUGCCCGUGCAUCUCAUUCCGACCAGUUUGGUGGAAAAGGAGUAUUGGCGGAUCCUGGAGAACAUUGACGAGGAUGUGAUGGUGGAAUAUGGCGCGGAUCUUCAUACCAUGGAUCACGGCUCCGGAUUCCCCACCCUGGCCUCCAAGAAUCUCUCCAAAGACGACGAGCUCUACGCCAAGGCGGAUUGGAAUCUCAAUCGCUUGCCUGUGGUGGCCAAUUCCAUCUUGCGCGCCAUUGACAUGGACAUUUCUGGCAUGAAAGUGCCUUGGCUCUACGUGGGCAUGUGUUUCUCCACUUUCUGUUGGCACACCGAGGAUCAUUGGACCCCAUCCAUCAAUUAUCUGCAUUGGGGUGAACCCAAGACGUGGUACGGCAUCCCGGGACAUUACGCCGAGAAAGCCGAGGAAGUGAUGCGAGAAUCGGCCAAAGAGCUCUUCAGCGGUCAGCCCGAUCUUCUCCAUCACAUUGUUACCACCAUGAAUCCCAAUGUCCUUCAAGCCCACGGUGUGCCCGUUUAUCGAGCAGAUCAGCAUGCGGGCGAGUUCAUGAUCACGUUCCCACGCGGUUACCAUGCCGGCUUCAAUCACGGCUACAAUUUGGCCGAAGCCGUGAAUUUCGCCCCGCCCGAUUGGCUCGAGAUGGGACGGAAAUGCGUGGAACACUACUCAUUGAUGCGGCGCUAUUGCGUGUUUUGUCACGACGAAUUGGUGUGCCAGAUGGCGUCACGGGCAAAUGAAUUGACCUUGCAAGUGGCUGCCGGGACCUACAAGGAUAUGCUGGUCAUGGUGGAAAAUGAGAAGCGAAUGCGUCGACAACUUCUGGAAGCUGGUGUCACCGAGGCUGAACGUGAGGCCUUCGAGCUUCUCCCGGAUGACGAAAGACAAUGUGCAAUCUGCAAAACCACUUGCUUUCUCUCCGCGCUCACAUCCAACGAUGGCCGGAGCAACGAGAUCAUUUGUCUUCGUCAUUUUAAGUCCAUGGAGUGCGACCCGGAGAAAUUGGUGCUUCGAUAUCGUUACACUCUCGACGAAUUGGCGCAAUUCCUCCAUGGCCUCAAGGUUCGAGCAGAAUGCUACGAUUUCUGGGUGGACCGCGUCAAGAAAGUGCUCGAGGCCAAAGGUGAUGCCCGCAUGGAGCUCGAGGAUGUGCGAGAACUCCUCAACGAGGCCCUGGAUCGUAAAUAUCCGGAAACGGAGCUCUUCGAAGCCCUUCAAGUCACCGUGGAAGAGGCCGACAAAUGCCAGACCGUGGCCAACCAGCUGGGCAGUAGAAAAAUACGAACCCGCACACGGGGCGUGCCGGAUUCAAAAUCGAAGCUGACCGUCGAUGAAUUGGAGUUGUUUGCCCACAAUUUGGACUUGCUACCCGUGAAGGUGUCGGGGCGUGAGGGCGUACAAGAGCUUUUGGAGCAGGUCGAUGGAUUCCAGAAGGACGCUCAGAAGCUCCUUGAGAUGAAGAAACCCGAUGUGAGCGAUAUCGAAAAGUGCUUGGAGUUGGGCGUGAGUUUGGAGGUGGAACUCACUGAACUCGCUGCGCUCAAGAACAAACUCAAGCAAACCCAAUGGCUGGAGGAAGUCCAAGAGCUCUUGGAUGACCCCCAAACAUGUACCUUUGAGCAAUUGAAAGAGGUACUAGAUUCUGGAACCGAUCUUCCGGCUCAUCCGGACGUCGAAAAGGCUCUGGGAGAAAUCUCCGGUCUUCUCACUCAGGCCGACGGAUGGGAGGAAAAGGCCAAACUCUGCUUGGCAGCCAAGCCCAAGUGGUCCAUGACGGAUGUAGAGCGUUUAGUGAAGGAGGGUGACGCCAUCUCCCAAGGACUUCCCGGCCUGUCCGCUCUCAAGGAUGCGCUCCGGAAAGCCAGAGAGUGGUGGAGUCGGGCCGAAUCGCUUCAACACCCCGACAACUACCCGUAUCUGGACACCCUGGAUGCUCUCGUGGCCAAAGGUCGCCCCCUGCCCAUCAAGCUAGAUCCUUUGAACAACUUGGAAACCCAGGUGGCGUCUGCCCGAGCUUGGCGCGAGCGGACGUCUCGAGUGUUCCUCAAGAAGAACUCUCAUUUCGCCCUCUUGGACAUCCUUUGUCCCCGAGUCGAUGUGGGCUCGUCGGAUGGCAAGAGGAAGAGUAGCAAACCGAAAGAAGACGGCAUCAUACCCCAUCCCAUCUUCUCGAGUCUGACCGCUCAGGAGCUGUCGGACCCGCAGAGCUUCGUCAAGGCCUUCAAAGAGGCGGCCGCGGAAGAGCUCAAGGCCAUGAGUCAGCUUCGGGAGAAGAACUCCUCCGUCGAAGAACGUGAGAAGAGCGGCAAAUCUCGACUAAUGAUCGAGUGCGAACUCUGUCGCGAUCUAUUCCACCCCUCUCACGUGCCCAUUCCGGUCCAGAAGAAGCCCGAAAACGGCAACAACAGCCCGUGCAGUCCGACAAAUGCCAUCGAGAAGCCUUCCUCUCUGCGGGAGAUCAAAUUCCUUUGUCCGUCUUGCCAGACCUCGCGACGACCUCGACUCGAAACCAUCUUGUCGCUUUUGGUGGCCUUGCAAAAGCUGACAGUGCGAUUGCCUGAGGGCGAAGCUCUCCAGUGUCUCACGGAACGAGCCAUGGCUUGGCAAUCGGCUGCCCGGACGGUCCUCGAGACCCCUGAGGUCGUGGAGGCCCUGGACAAACUCAAACCAAAUACCAGCCCCGUUCCCAAGUCCCCCCAAAGCAGCGAGAAUGGUAACACAUCACCCGGCGGACGACGGAGUCCUGACUUGCCGGAAAUCCGUCUCUCUCAAGCCUGUAUCGACUCACUGGAAGAUCUCAUGAUGCAGGGGGAUCUGCUCGAAGUCUCCUUGGACGAACUCCAGCAUAUUUGGCGACUCCUCCAAGCCACCGAGCCACGUCGAUCCAAAAAGUAUCCCGACCUGAAGCAACUCGAGGCCGAACUCGAGUCCGUCCGUGAGGAUAUCAAGGCCAAGAAACGGAAACGCGUGGCCGAGAAUGGCGGGAGCGUCGAGGUGAAGAAACGCGUUACUCUGGAGGGUGGAGCCAAACGACCCAAGAAGGAAAUCUCCACCAAGCGAACUUCGACCAAGCGGCCCGAUCAGAAACCCAAUAAAACAGCCCAAGAGGAUGAAGAGGAUGACGAUGACGAUGAGGAGGAAGCCCAAGAGGAUUGCUCAGCCCAACCUAGUUGUCUGAGGCCAACUGGCAAAGAGGUGCAUUGGGUUCAAUGCGACGGCUGCGAGUUGUGGUUCCACUUAUACUGUAUUGGUCUGAAGCCCGAGCAAGUGUCAGAAGAUGAGGAAUUUAUUUGCAAGGCAUGCAAGCCCAAUCGACACAAGAGACGAAAAGGCGACUCCUCGAAGAGCCAUAACAUCUCGGACGAGACUUGACGAGCUCCUCUUAAAUCCAACCCUUGGGAUUGAAUUGCAUCAGCAUUGCGAUGAAGAUUUGUUGUCCGUUUGUCUCGAAUUUCGAUGUUGUUACUAUCACUGUAGAAAAGAAGCUAAAAUGAUGAGGUCUCAAGUUACAAUCACAACCAAAUCCAUAGCCGCUAUUGGACGCAUUUCAUGUCCUUGACUUUUGGAACAAGUUCACUGAGAAUUUCCCUGUCUCUUUGUCUUUCUUCCUUUUCCUCUCGAAUAUCUCAUCUCCCUGCUAAGUACUAUACAUCUAUAUCUGCUACAGUAAAAUCAGUAUUUUGUGUAAAACGCCCUUUUUCCUUUUGGUCCGCAUCCACCCCACCCCCUGCCCUUGCCCCCCUGCUAGUGAAAAUAAUUCCAAACUUUCUUCCCAUUGGAUGUAUUUUCUUGCAAAAACAUGAAUAAAUAACAAUGUCUCGAGGGCUAUAGAGCAAAGUGA